AUUUUUUCAGCAUUUGUUGAUAGCAAACGAUUGCACUUUUCCUUAUAAACUAUACCUGCUUUUGAAAAUAGCCUCUCACUAUAUACACUACUGCCAGGAGAGGAUAGAUAAAUCUUAGCAAAUUCUGUCAGGCUUGGAUACUGUUUUGCGUUUGCUGAACACCGCUUGUAAAGGUCUGCCGUUCGAUCUAGGUGAACAGUUUUUCAUAUAAAGUGAUACAAACAGUGAUAUUUUUUAGUAAUAAGGACUAUUAAUAACACAAUUUGAUAUAACAAUGAACAAAUAAUGCAUGUCGUGACACAAUCUACUCACAAAUAAAACAAUUGCGCCUGCGGUGUCACUACCGCACCCCACUGCAAUGAGACAGGUCGUAACCUGUCACCCGCGAAAUGUACACAUAUUUUGCCAAAUAUUCAGCACUUCGGCCGAGAGCGUAGCCGAGUAUUCGGUAUUCGGCAAAAUCACUAUUCGUGGCAUCACUAAAAUAAAUAUUUAAUUUAUUAUAUUUUUAGAUUUGAAACUGGAUGUUGAAACUGCUAAAGAAGAAUUAGAACAAGAAAGAAUUAAUUACGUUAAAAGAGAGGAAGAAUUACAAAAUCAGAUUCAUAUAUUGCAAUUUCGUAUGUGGGAAGAAAAACAGAAAGCAGAAAAAGAAAAAAAAGAGCAAGAAGAAUUAUUAAGAAAGUCUGAAAUAUCUGGAAAUGAAGCAAAAGAAGAACUUCGUAGCAUGAUGGAGAAAUUGGAUAGAAAUAAUUUAGAAUUUAAUAAAGCCAAGAUUAUUCUUGAAAAUGAAAUAAUUUUAUUGAAAACAAAACUGGAAGAUGCCAAGCAAGAAUUACGUAGUGCUGAAGAAGUUUCAAAUUACGUUGUAGCUUUACAGAAAGAGCUUUCUUCUCUUAAACAAGAAAAACUAGAUUCUAAAAAGAAAUUGAAUGAAACACAAGAACAGCUUCAAAAGCAGAUUAAGAUUACAAAUGAUUUAAAGCAUGAAAUAGAGGUUAGUAUUAGAGACAUUUUGUUUAAUAUCUUUACAAAACAAUUUUCUGUCAUAAUUAUUGUAGAAUCUGUUUAGAUUACAAGUAUGGUG